UUCCAAAAAUGUCAUGCGCAUUAGAAGAUUUAGGGAGAGUCUUCCCAAGGAAAUCAGUUUUGCUUAAAACCUACAUGUUGGGUUGUUUUUACUUGUUUUAUCAAACAAUAAAGCCUGAAGAAAAAAAGAAAGAGAAAAACAAGAUUACAGAACUGAGACCAAAUAUUUUUAGAAAUCAAAGUCAUCAAUGUUAACAAUACCAACGAAAUUCAUUUUAAAUGAAAGCAAUAAGUGAUCAAAAAAAGAAAUAAAUCAAUUAAUCGCAAAACACUUCGUAUGGUUUGAUGGAAUUUAGUAUUAUAUUAAUUCAAUGUAGGAUCAUCAAUAUUCUCAGCUCAAGAUUACAAAAAAUUAAAUAAUUCAACUUGUUAAGUGGUAUGAAAAGUUGAAUAUAUAUGUAGCAUAUACUUCAAAUACAUUCAAAAAAGUACUAAUACUUUUCUUUGGAUGACUUAUCAACUACUGAAAGUGAAUUUAUUCCUGAUCUUAAAGUUGAUCUUCAGACUAAUUCUACUGUUGAUAUGACUUAGAGCUGCAUAUUUUGAAUACCUAUUUUGU